GCCCCUUUGAACGUCCCUCCGGAGCUGUCGCGGAACCGGGGAAUCGCUUGCCAUUCCUACCACCUCGAGAAAUCCCCGGCGCUGAAGAAACUGACGGAAGGCCUGACUGACUUCGUGCUCGCGGUGCCCUGUCCCGGCCAGCCCUGCCCCUCCAGCCGGUUCCUCGCUCCUCAAGCAACUCAUGUCGCCACGGAGGCGUUGGGGAAGAGGGAGCGGGCGGCCCUCCUCGACGUUGCCGCGUCUUCUCCCAACGAAAUCCCGCUGAAAAUCGUGGAGAGGAUGGAAGGAGCCUUCCUCACCCUCCCCUGUCCCGAUUCUCGGCUGGGCUACCCCCCGGAGUGGAAGAAAGACCUGGAGUACCUGGAGCCAGAGUCCCUGGCGGCGGGGACCCGGGGGAGGAUCCGGGUGGAUCGCAGCUGGAGCCUCCACAUCUACGGCGUGGGCGUGGGGGAUGGGGGGUACUACGCCUGCUCGGUCCUCGGGGUCGAGAGGGCGAGGUAUCGGCUCGUCGUCCAUGCGCUUUUU